AUCGGGCUCCACCCCGCCAGCCUUGCGCACGAUCAUUGACGCGAUGAAUGUGCCGCGGAGAUGAUGAAGAAGGGGAGAUGGUGUUGGAGUAAAUCUUGAAUUUCGAGAUGGUAGUUGUUGUGACUGCGUGUGUUUAAGCAGUGGUGAGUGGUGUUGUCCGGCGUUUUUCAAGGCCACGGGUGGCUGCCUGCCCCUUUUUUUCUUCGAUGAAUGCUUGACCCCCUUGCCAGUUUCUGGGUCUAGAAGCGAAGAAAUUUCGAGGAAAUUGUUGUCUCGAUAGCCGGGCUGGUUUGAACACCGGAGGCCGUGAGGUUCGUGUGUGAGACAGCAGCGCUGGAGUUGGAGUUUGUGUUGAGUUUUUGAGUUUGUUGUUUCACGGAUCGCCGGCCUUUGGCAAGGUGAUAACGAUGUGACGGUAAGGCACCCCCGCCCUGUUUGUGAGGUUUGAAAGGUUCUUGAGGGUCGUGGAAGAAGUUUAAAUUACUGUAGCAGGUGCGUGGGGCGGUUUGGGAGAAAUCAAAAGCCCGAGGUUACGACUGCUGUGUGUAGGUUUGGGGAUGCGGUGCGUGUAGACUGGGCGUUUGAAUUUUGUUGGAGUAGCGGGAACCUUCAAGUGCGGAAGUUUGAUUUUAUGGUGGCACGGGUAUGGGAGGCACGUUUUAUGAUUGCAUAUGAAGUCAUUUGAGGUACAAGAGGGGACAAUACGCGGGAAGAGACCGAAUGAUGAAAUGAUCGGCGGUUCAGGAAAAUCGCAUAAUUGUGAUGAUACCUUCAAUAAGGAAUCCGGCAUGGAUUUCAAUUUUGUAAUUGAGAACUUGAAGCUGGAGCUUCGAAGACUGGAGGAGGAGAACCAUCUUCUGAGAAUUGCAUCCAAUGAAUCCAGUCAACUAGUGGGUAAUUUGCCGCUGAAUAAAACGUGCCUGGAGAGUGAAGGUAGCAAGUUAGAGUCAGCUAACCAGGAACAUGAGGAUGACGGAUCAGUGGAUCAUGAGGUGAUUAAGGCGCAAUUGCGUACAGCUAUUGAUAGUUACGCUCAGUUACAAUCUGAGACAGCAGCUCUUAGGAAGGAGAAAGAAGAUGAGGUGAGUAGGUUAUUAAAUCAAAUAGUAGAUCUCGAGGAACAUCUCAAUAAGCUUGAGGGAGAACACACCAAUGUUCCGGAAAAGUCUAAAAAUAUGGAAUCGAUCUCAAAAACCGUUUAUGAUGAAAAAAUCCAACUGAAGAGCCAAGUAGAUUCUGUUUUAGAAGGUAGACAGAAAGGAGAGAAAGAUCUUGUCGAUAUGCUGGAAGAUUGUCAAGAGCACGUCCGCGACUUGGAGGUCGAACAACACAACUUGUUGUCCACUGCUGAUAUGUCAAAUGCUGCGGUUCGUCAAUUAGAAGACCAGAAUUCUGCGUUACCAAAUGUACUUGAGCAGCAAAAGAAGAUUGCAGAGAACAACAUCUCGGACUUGGCUUCUGAACUUCAGGUAACACAGGUUCAGCUGCUCGAGCUGCAGAUGCAGUUACAAGGCCUCCGUGAAGAAAACACGUACGUUGUGAUGAAAGCGAGCAAGCUGGAUCAACUUGUGGAGGAGUUAAAAUCUGAUAAGCUGAGGCUUAGCAGUGAACUUGAACGACUUUCUCGAGAGAAGGAGAGAGGAGACGAGGAGUUUAAGGCUGAGCUCAGAGCAUGUCAGGAACAGCUCCAGAUUUUGGAGGUGGAUAAAUCGACAUCAACGACAUUAGUUGAUGGUCUAAAUUCCCGAGUGCUAGAGCUAGAAGAGGACAACAAACAUUUAAUGGGCAUGUCCAAUGAAGCUAGCCAAUCCGUGCGGGAUCUUUGGGAACAACACACGCGGCUGAUAGAGGGUUAUAAUAAGCUGGAGCAGGAUAAACUGGCCAUCGAAUCUGAGAGAAUGGAGUUGGUAGCCGGUAUUCAGACAGUUUGGGAGCAGCUGCAUGCAGCUCAUGAGCGUGAAGCACUCUUGACCUCUGACCUGCGGGGACUUGGUGAAAGAAGAGAUGCGGAGGCAGCUAUCUUCGAUCAAACGGUAAGGAGCCUUGAACAACAGUUGGAGGUGUUGGAGAAAGAGAAAGCUGAUCUGUGCUCGAAGUCUGUAGAAACCUUUCAAAUUCUUGAAGCGUUUAGACAAGAAACAUCACAGAAGGUCAAUGAUUUGCAAGAGGAAAAGGCCAAGCUUAUGCAAGAUGUUGCCGAACUUGAGAAACUGAACGAGGAAACAGAACAGGAGAUAUCUAUGAAGCAAUCCGCCUGGGAAGCGCAAGUUGGAGUGUUAGAAUCUGAGAAGUCUGAAGCUGUCAGUAAGUCUGAAGACCUUGAACAACGUUUGCAAGUAUUCCGGGAGGAGAUCAAGAAUUUGAUGGAGAAGGAAGAAAAAUCUAAUCAACUCAUUCAAGAGUUACGGAAGGAAAUACUUCGGUUGCGUAGUGAGAUUGACAAGCUUGAAGAAGUGAAAGAAAGGCAAGAAGGUGAACGUUUGGAACUUGCAGCAGAGUUGCAGGCUGCAUGGGACCAGAUUCAAGCAGUACGAGAUAGCGAAGCUACUCUAACCACAGAGCUCAGAGACCUGAAGGACCAGAGGAAUGAAGAGAGGUUGAUAACGGAUGGGUUGGUUCAGGAGCUUCGUCGGCAACUACUAGAACUUGAAGAGAAGAAGUCCGAAGCAGCAACUAAAGUUGAGGAGUUGUCUAAACAACUGAAAGAGUUACGAAAGGAACAGGAACUACAAGAUGAGAAUGAGCGCUUGACAGCCGAAAUAGCAAUGCUGGAGCAGGAGAAGGAUAAGAUAUUGACCGAGAAGACAGUUCUGUUGGAGGAAAAACAGACUCUGGUCCAUCGUGUUAAUAAUCUGGAGUUUGAUAAGAGUAAAAUGGCUUCCGAGAUAGAAGAGCUGAACCAGUGGCUUCAAGGGCCAGCAGCUGAGAAGAAGCAGCUAGCAAAAAAUUUGGAUGAGAUGACUCAGUUGCUUAAGGGUUUGGAAUUGGAAAAAACUCAGCUGCAAGAAGAAAAGGAUGAGGUGCAAGAAGAUGCACGAAAAUUACGUGAUGUGAUCAAUGAUCUGGAGGAAGAGAGAGCAAAGUCGUUGUUAUUGCAUGAUGAGUUAACCCAGCAGUUGGAGUCUCUUGAGGAAGAGAAACGACAGUCUGAGAGCACUCAGAAGAAGUCCAAUGUAUUGAUCCAGAGUUUGAACGGGGAAAUCGAAGUUCUGCGGGAGGAAAAUCUAAGGAUGAAAUCUGUUCACGAUGACUUACUCCUACGGAUUCAAUCCCUGGAGAAUGAAAAGGUUGACUUGGAGAGAAUGUUUGAAGUUCAGAAUGCUGAGUUAAGUUUGAAGAAUCUAGAGCAUGUGGAUGAUAUUCACAAGCUUGAAAAAGGGUUGGAGCAAAGCCAGAUGAAGGUUGAGCUUUUGGAAAGCCGUGUCUUUGGCCUAGAGGGAGAUAGUUUCAACAUGAAAGUAUCGCAGGAACUGUUACUUUCUCAGUUGCAGGUGUUGCAGAUCAAGGAUUCCGAGCUGAGGGACACUAUUCGUACACUAGAAGAGGAGUUGUUGAAACGGCAUGAAAAAAUUGAGAUCAUGAGUUGCCGUUUAUCUGACUUGGAAAAAGAAAAAGACAGUUUUCUCUUUGAGCGGAAAGAUCUACUCGAUCGGUUUAAAUUGCUGGAACAAGAGAAGAUUGAUGUCUUGAAGUCUCUUGAUGUUUCGAAUUCUUCUCUCGAAAAGUUGCAAGCAGAGAACUUAGAGCAGCUCAACAGAGCUAACUCGCUGGAAGCCGAAAUGCUUGUUAAGCAAGUGGAAGUAGAGAGGCUUGAAGAGCAGAGGCAGGGUCUGUCCACAGUAUAUCAGGAUGCACUUCUUCAGCUGCAUGCUUCGGUAGAAAAGAGGGACGAACUAUUCAAGGCCCUUGCCGACUCAAACUCACUUGUUCUGAAGCUCCAAGCAGAGAACGCAGUGCACAUCGGUAAAAUCGUCUCAUUAGAAGAGGAACUGGAUAGACUGCAAGCCAAGUUUCAGGGAGUUGAAGAUAAGUUGGAAAGCCUGUCCUCUGCACAUAGGGAUGUACUCCAUCAGCUGCAGGUCAUUGAAGACGAGAAGGUUGAAUUAGUGGAAUCUCUUGAUGCCUCUAAUUCGUCCGUUCAAGAGCUACAAGAGAAAAACGUCGAGCAGUCGGAUAGAGUGAGGUUACUUGAAGAGGAGGUGGCUUGUGAGCAAGCUGAGUUACGGAAGCUCGAAGAGCAAGCCAGAUCUCUGUCUUCUGCUCUUCAAGAUUCGUUCCGUCAACUGCAGGACUUGGAAGGCGAGAAGUUUGAAUUGACAAAUUCUCUGGAUUCUUUGAAUUCUUUGGUUCAGGAGCUGCAAACUAAGAAUACAGAGCAUGUAGAUGCAGGCAAGAUACUGGAAAAUGAGGUCCAGCGAUGGCAAGCAGUGGUGCACGGACUUGAAGCAUUGCAGGAAAACCAUUCUAUUGCAUGGCAGGAUUCGCUCCUUCAGCUGCAGGCUUUGAAAGAGGAAAAGGAUGAGUUGGUGAAUUCUCUUGAUUCAUUUAACUUACUUAUGCAGAAACUACAAGCAGAAAAUCAAGAGCAUAGCAGUAAAGCUGCCUUACAGGAAGAGGAGAUGGAGCGGCAGCAAGCAGAGGUACAUAGACUUUCAGAGGAGAAUGAGAGCCUGUUUACUGCAAAUCAGGAAACACUCCGUCAGCUGAAGGCUGUAGAAAGCAAGAAGGAUGAAUUGGUGACCUGCGUGGAUGCGUUUAAUUUGUCUUUUCAAGAGCUGCAUACAAAGAAUGCGCAGCACGCAGACACAGUCAAGGCCCUGCAGGAGGAGGUGGCUCGAGGGCAAGCAGAGGUGGAAAGACUUGAACACAAGACACCGUCUCUUUCUGUCGCACAACGGGAAACAUUGCUCCAGAUGCAAGUUCAAAAGCUUGAAGUAGAGAAUGCAGAGUACGCUUGUAAAAUCCUCUCACUAGAGGAGGAGGUGAAGAUACUGCAAGCCAAGGUUCAGGGACUUGAAGAUAAGUUGGCAAGCCUGUCCUCUGUACAUCUGGACAUACUCCACCAGCUGCAGGUCAUUGAAGACGAGAAGGUUGAAUUAGUAGAAUCUCUUGAUGCCUCCAAUUCGUCCGUUCAAGAGUUUCAAGAGAAAAACGUUGAGCGGUCGGAUAGAGUGAAGUUACUUGAAGAGGAGGUGGCUUGUGGGGAAGCUGAGUUACGGAAGCUUGAAGAGAAAAUGGAAAGUUUGUGUACUGCACAUGAGGGCUCGCUCCUUCAGCUACAAAAUCUUGCUGAGAAGAGGGAUGAAUCUAUCAAUGCCUUCGAUCGACUUCUUCGAAAUCUACAAGAUGACAAUCUAGAGCAUAUCACCAAAGCUACCUCACUCGAAGGGGAAGUGCAGAGAUUGCAAGCAGAGGCUCAGGGAGUUGAGGAGAAGAUGGCGAGCUUGUCAAUCGGGCAUCAGGAAUCACUCCGUCGUGUCCAGACUUUGGAGGGGGAAAAAGCUGAAUUGGUUAAUUCUGUCGAUUUAUCAAGUUUGCGUAUCCAAGAGUUUCAAGCUAAGAGUGCAAAAUAUGCUGACACAGUAAAGAAGCUGGAGGAGGAGGUGCAGGAACUCAAAGUACAGAUAAGGAAUGUGUCGAUUGGCCAUGAAGAGUCUCUUUCUCAGGCGGAGAGGUUCGAAUUACAGAAUUUAACCAUGAGCAACCAACUCAAAGAAUGCCAGGAUCUAAUCCAGAGGUUGCAUAAUGAGAAUUCGCAGUUGGCGAGUGCCGCUAGAAAUCUUGAGGAAGAGCUUGAUAGACGGCGGGACAAGAUUGAAUCUCGGGAUUUGCCAAUUCACAAUCUUGACGACAGGGACUUUGGGGGAGCGUUUGAGGAUCAUGGCAAACUCUCCCAAGUGAAGUCAUUGGAAGAUGAGAAGGCUGAAUCGGCAUUUAGCUUCAAAUAUUUGGAAGCUGAGAAUUUGAAACUCAGCAAGCUCGAGUUAAUCAUACAUGAGAAUCAGAGUUUGAGAGAGCAAGUUCAGAGGUUGGAGGUUGAGAGAGAAAACUUUGAAAAGGAGUCUGUGGUUAAGUUCAGCUCUUUGGAAGCCGAAAAAUCUCAAUUGCUCAAAGCCCUUGCACAAUCAAACUUCGUUGUUGGGGAUCUUCACGCAGAAAUUGACUCUUAUAAGGAUUGUGUAUAUGACAUGGGAAGAGAUAAGGACGAGUUGGUGAAUCAGUUAAGUCGUCUGCAAGAGGAGAAUGGUGAUAUUUUUUCGGAGAGAGAUCGCCUUCUGAGUGAAAUGCAGGAUUUGAGGGAGCAACUACAUGAGUACGUGAAAAGACUUCAGGAAUCGGAUAAUGAUGCCAAAAAGUACAAAAUGGAAGCACUGGAGCUUGCUAUGCAGUUAGAGGCUUUUAAAGAACAGGUAGUUAAGUUGGUCGAGGCAAAUACAAAACAGGCCAGGCAGCUGGAGAUGUCUACCCAGUUGGCAUGCUUAUCCAAGCGUAAUGAUGACCUUGUCAAAGACCUGGAACCUGGUCUUGAUCGACAAAGUUUAUCCUUUGGGUUACCUAAGCGUAAUGAUGACCUUGUGAAAAAUCUCGAGCCUGGUCUCGAUCGUCAAGUGUUGCCCUUUGGGAAUGUGGAGAUUUCGCACUUGACUUUUGCAAGUAUUGACCCAAUGGAGGAACUUCAACAGGCCAUUUUGGGUUGGGUGGAGAUUAUCACGGCUGUUUGUCAGGAGCUUGCUAAACUGUUGCGAAGUGUUGGUGAAGAGAAAGAAAAAUUGUCUCGGAAACAGGGAAUGAGCAAUCAGAAAGCAGAUAUCUUGACAAGUCUUUGUCAGGAAUUGGAUGAACUGAUAUUGAGUGUAAGAGAGAAAACAGAGAGAUUUGCAGAAGAGCUAAGUUCUCUGAAGCAUAAAUUGGUGAAGUCAAGCAAUGAGAGGGAUCCUCUUGAGAACGAUGGUGGUGACAAUAUCUACAAUUUUCAGCAGCUCCCGUUAGGUGUGGAAGUUGCGAACAGAGAGACAAUGUAUGAAGUGGAAGCCUCCUGUCAAAAACUGCUGUUAUGUCAGGAGGGCAAAACAGAGCUGGAAGCACAUGUUGCUAACUUGUCUUCAUGUUUAGGGGAUUCUCAAGGUCAAUUGAAGGCGUUGGUCGUCAAGAGUUCUGUAGGCAAUCCUUAUUUGCUCACGUCCAGAGUAGAUGGCGGUGAUCGACAGGGAUUGGCUUGCUUUUCAGCGGAUGGAAAUUGUGUUAUGAACUAUGGGAGGGACCUCAAAGUGCGAAGAGAUAUCAAGGCUCUUGAACAGGAGAAGAAAGAAAAGAAAGAAAAUGGCACACUUCCUGCACUCUCUCAGCGGAAUCAAACGCCAGCGCGUAACUUCAAGAAAUGUAAAGUCACCAUGCCACAGCCUAAGCGCAGGUGGAUAUUUUGACGAUCGAUAUGUAGUGGAAGAGAAACGAUGGUCUUUCAAAGCAGAGUUUACAUCACCCUUGAGAAGGUUGUGUUCCAUAUUGAUGUCAACAUUCUCACGAGGUUCAACAUUUUGCGAUCAAUAAAGAGUUUUUCAGGAACUGCGGGAGGGGGCUCAACUUUACAGCAAGUUAGUGAAAUUGUGGACGGUGCUAUUUUUUGUUUAUUAGGCAUGUGGCCUGUCGCUGUACUCAGCUUGAUGGAGGUUUUAUUAGUUUCAGGAUUAGAGCCCAACCGUGGAAUGUAGUUCUUGGUGGUCUUCUCUACCGUCAUUGGUCCCCGCUCAGUUGGAGCGUGGCUCCUUUUUGUAAAGAUAAGGAAACCCGGAGGGACGCAAUUCAUGGAGAGUGGUGGGAAUAUAGAAGAAGGUUCUGAGAGGAUCUUACUAGGAGAUAUGGUACUCAGUUUUGAGGAAAUUGGAAUACUAGACGAAACAGCUGUCUUCCGCCAUUCAAGGUAGAAUAGCUGCAUGUCAACCUGGUGUACGGAAAAAUUCAACUAGACGAUCAUGGGAGAAUCAUUACUGGUGAAGAAUCAUAACUGGGAAUCUAGACGGUGCAUGGGAGGCACGAGUGUUGGUGUUCAGGAAGCGGUAAGUCAUGUGUUUUAGAAAUCUUAUUAGCGGCUGAACUUCCCUGUCCCCGAAUCAUGAGGCGUCUUUUCGAGUGAAAUUCUUAGAUUAGCUUCACCUCUUCUGCAGGAUUGAAGAUCCUCAGGCACUGACCGCAGUUCUGCAGGUCGUACUUGUUCCAAAGUCCUGUCUCAUUCGGGUCUGUUGGUAGUUAUACUUCGAUCUUAAUUGUGUCCAGUCAGUUAAGUCAUUAUAAGUUAGCUUCUGCUGCUUAGAUAUGAUAGUGAUUUCUUCACUCCUAGCAGGUAGUUACCAGGAGUAGUCUCUCGGGAGUUUUGCUCUGGUGAUAUUCUCACCUAGCUGCCUCACUGUAAUCUAUUUUCAUUAAUAUAAAUUCCACCCGGUUGGGUGUUACCCAUCUCAA